GUUCUCCCCUCCUGGAAUCUUUUUGACUUUGAAUUUUCUUAUGCUCAUUGUGAUUAGGGGUUGAUUUCCUCUUUUCACAUGAAUCUUGUUGAUUUCCUCUGAAAUCUGCUUCAAUGGCGAGGGUUUGCGCAAAACGGGAUGGCCGAUUUCUUUCUCUUUUAUAUGUGUUCACCGUUAUCGCGUUUUGCGCAAGAAUCACGAUUUCCGCGAGAUCUGAUCAGGAAACCAGGGAAAGAUUUUACGGAACUUUAGUUAAUUCGACGGCGCCGGAGUCCGGCGACGCUAGCAUCGCCAAGAUGUUCGAUCGCGUUUUAGAGAAAGAAUUCUCAGAGAAUGAGUCCACGGAUGGUUCCACUCGAAGCAGUUUCAAUAACAGCGUGGCUGAUCAAGAGGCUGUACUGGAGACUGUUGCUAAAAUCACACAUGAGAAGGCUAAGAAUAAUGACACUCAAGUGACGACCGAAGAUGAUGAAACGCAAACGCUUAUAGACAAACAGGACAACGUGUUUGUAAUAUCAAACAAGAAAUCUAAAUAUCCAAUACUUCAAGUAGAUGUAAGGCUGAUUUCAGAUUUGGUGGUGAUCAUUGUUUCUGCUGCUAUUGGUGGAAUUAUCUGUUCCUGCUUGGGACAACCGGUCAUUGUUGGGUAUCUUCUUGCGGGUUCACUGGUUGGACCUGGUGGCUUGAAGUUCGUAAGUGAGAUGGUACAGGUUGAGACAUUUGCUCAGUUUGGGGUGGUGUUCCUUUUAUUUGCUUUAGGGCUGGAGUUUUCUAUGGCAAAGCUAAAAGCUGUGGGUCCUGUAGCUGUUCUUGGAGGUUUACUUCAAAUAGUUAUUCUUAUGUUUUUGUGUGGAGCAUUGGCCAUGUUAUGUGGAGCUGAGCUGUCAGAGGGUGUUUUCGUGGGUUGCUUCUUGUCAAUGUCAUCAACGGCAGUGGUAGUGAAAUUUUUGGUUGAGAAAAAUAGCAAUAAUGCCCUUCAUGGUCAAGUCACUAUUGGGACACUGAUUUUUCAGGAUUGUGCUGUUGGCUUGCUAUUUGCUUUGCUGCCAGUUCUGGGUGGCAACAGUGGGGCUUUGCAAGGGAUGGUCUCAAUGGGAAGAGUGCUGAUGACUUUGUCAACAUAUCUCUUUGCUGCAUCACUUUUGACAUGGUCAUUCAUGCCCCGAUUCCUCAAGCUGAUGGUGCGACUGUCAUCUGAAACGAAUGAACUUUACCAGCUAGCUGCGGUGGCCUUCUGCUUAUUAUCUGCUUGGUGCAGUGAUAAGUUGGGGCUAAGUCUUGAGUUGGGUUCUUUUGUGGCUGGUGUUAUGAUUUCUACUACAGAUUUUGCACAACAUACUUUAGAUCAGGUGGAGCCUAUUCGCAACUUAUUUGCUGCUCUUUUUCUAUCUAGCAUCGGAAUGCUCAUACAUGUACAUUUUUUGUGGACUCAUGUGGAUAUACUACUAGCAUCAGUUAUUUUGGUUAUAGUUGUUAAGACUACAGUUUCUGCACUCAUCACCAAGGCCUUUGGAUAUGGUGUUAAGACAUCAUUUCUUGUUGGAAUUAUGCUUGCUCAAAUCGGGGAGUUUGCUUUUGUUCUUUUAAGUCGUGCCUCAAAUCUUCAUCUCGUUGAGGGAAAGAUGUACCUUCUUCUUCUUGGAACGACGGCUCUCAGUCUGGUGACGACUCCUGUGCUUUUCAGAUUGAUACCUGCUGUGAUGCACCUGGGAGUUUUGAUGCAUUGGUUUCCCUCAGAGGCCACCACGCAGCCUGAGGAAAAAACGACUGUGAUUGAAGUGCAUAAUACGAAAAUGAUGGAACAACGAAACAGAGUUUUAUGAGUUGCAGCCCAGCCUACAAGAGUUGGGUAUUUGUUUCUUUGUGUUACAGCCAACCACCCAAUGGAAUGGAAUUGAUGAUACCUAUCGGGAGUUACUAGCUAUAUAUAUAU